AUGGGGGCAUCGUUGGGAGACCUGAAGGACCAGUUGAAACUGUGGAACAAAUUCCGGGUUUCCAACAUCCCCUCGCUGAUAUUUAUAGAUGCCAACACUGGAAAAGUGGUUUGCCGGAACGGCCUGUUGGUUAUCCGAGAUGACCCAGAAGGACUGGAGUUCCCCUGGGGUCCCCGGCCGUUCAGCGAGGUCAUUGCUGGCCCUCUUCUCCGAAAUAGCGGGCCGCCCCACGACAGCAGCGUCCUGGAUGGCUCUCACGUCGGGGUUUACUUCUCUGCACACUGGUGCCCACCUUGUAGAAGUCUCACUCGGGUACUAGUGGAAUCCUACCGGAAAAUCAAAGAAGCAGGCCAAAAAUUUGAGAUUGUCUUUGUUAGUGCAGACAGGUCGGAGGAGUCGUUCAAACAGUAUUUCAGCGAGAUGCCCUGGGUAGCGGUCCCCUACGCCGACGAAGGGCGGCGGUCGCGUCUCAACCGGUUGUACGGCAUUCAAGGUAUCCCUACACUUAUAGUCUUGGACACCAAGGGGGACGUGAUCACCCGACAAGGCCGAGUGGAGGUGCUGAAUGACAUUGAAUGCCAGGAGUUCCCCUGGCACCCCAAGCCUGUCUUAGAGCUGACUGACUCCAACGCUGUCCAGCUGAAUGAGGGUCCUUGUCUUGUCCUUUUUGUAGAUUCUGACGACGACGGGGAAUCCGAGGCGGCCAAGCAGUUGAUCCAGCCCAUUGCCGAGAAGAUCAUUGCCAAAUACAAAGCCAAAGACGAGGAGACUCCAUUGCUGUUUUUUGUGGCCGGAGAGGACGACAUGACUGAUUCUCUUCGAGAUUAUACCAACCUGCCGGAAGCCGCCCCCCUCCUCACCAUCUUGGACAUGUCCGCUCGAGCCAAGUACGUUAUGGACGUGGAAGAAAUCACCCCUGAGAUCGUGGAAGCCUUUGUGAACGACUUUCUCGCAGACAAGCUGAAACCUGAGCCCAUCUAAAGCAGAGCCGAGGCAGGGAAGGGCGGUCUUUCCUCGCGCCUCCCUCCCUUCCCCACCUCUUGGACGCUACUGAAAAGCGGCCGGGUUGGUCCCGCGUUUGGGGCAGGCCAACCAUGAUCUCCUUGUGGUGCCUUGUUUUAACCCAGAAUGAUGUCUCCGUUCAAUGCUCCCAAACUUUUUCCAGGUGCUGUCUGCAAGC